AUAGGAACGUAUCAUCUUACUGCCACUGCUUUACCUCUCCAGCUGCAGUAGCCGUAGCAGGAAGUGACAUCAAAAUUCAUGACGUCACAAACUUGUCGAAGUGCUUUCGCAGUGCACUGUAACCUAUUUAGGAACGCUGUUGGUAGUACUGACAGUACUUGCAGUAAAUAACGGAAUGCAGCCUAUAUAUAUGUUACAUAACUAUGGAUGCGUUCCAAAAUGCACUGCCAGUACUGAAAAUCUAUAGUUCAUGUUACGUAUAUUAUAGGAUUUCAGUACUGGCAGUGAAUUUCGGAAUGUAGCCAAGGUAGCACGUGUUUGAUCAUAUAUGAUUUACUAAUAUUGUGUUUAUCACAAUUUUUUUAAAAUGCCAGCUCAAGUGAAGAACGGAGUGCUUAUAUACAAAGGUAGUAAUUACCUGAGAUACCGUUUAUUACUAUCAACUUUAUCUGGAAAACCAGUAAAAAUUACAGACAUUAGGACGAAAGAUAAUGAUCCUGGCCUUAAAGAAUAUGAGAUCAGUUUCAUCCGUUUGCUGGAUAAACUCACUAAUGGCACAAAAAUUGAGCUAAAUGAAAGUGGUACUAGUAUAUAUUAUCUUCCUGGUUUAUUAUAUGGUGGUGAAUUAGAGCAUGACUGCAGCUUGCAAAGGAGUAUUGGAUAUUAUCUAGAAGGAGUUAUGAUACUUGCUCCAUUUUGUAAAAAAUCUAUUGAUUUAAAGCUUAGAGGAAUAACUAAUAAUUCUACAGAUCUAUCAGUAGAUAGAAUUUUGUCUGCUGGUAUACCAAUACUAAAGAAGUUUUUAGCUGGUGACAAUGAAGUUGUGCUAACUAUUUGUAAGAGAGGAGCAGCACCUUUAGGAGGUGGAGAAAUACACUUUAAAUGUCCUAUCAGUCGUAAUCUUAAAACAAUACAGCUAGAAGACAGUGGAAUGGUAAAACGUGUUAGAGGUACUGCAUGCAGUAUAAGAGUUUCUCCAGCAAUUGCUAAUCGCAUUGUUGAGUCAGCAAAAAGAGUUCUCCUCAACUUUAUACCAGAUGUUUAUAUUCAUACAGAUCACUGCAAAGGAUCAGCCAGUGGAAAGUCCCCAGGUUUCGGAGUUACUCUGACAGCAGAAACUACUAAAGAAGUAUUCUUCAGUGGACAAGCAUUCUCGCCAUUAAUGACGACGGGUUCAUUACCAUGUACGCCUGAAGAUAUUGGUGAAGAAGCUGCAAUGAAACUUCUGGACGAAAUCUUCAGGAACGGAUGUGUGGACUCUCCUUUCCAAAGUAUGACUGCGAUGUUUAUGGCUCUUGGUAAGAAGGAUGUUUCCAAAGUUAUAGUAGGGCCAUUGACUCCAGCAAUGAUGCAAUUUUUACGUGACUUACGAGACUUUUUCGGAGUUGUUUUUAAAAUAGAAUUGAAAGAAGCAGAAGACGUAGUACUAGAACAAGUACGUUUAACUUGUUUAGGCAUAGGUUAUACUAAUAUGAAUAAACGAAUGUUAUAAUGUAUAAAAUAUAAAAUAUAUAUUUUUACACUAAAUAUAGAACAAAUAUAUAAGGUUAUAAUA